AGAGCUUACUUCUCGCGCAUGUAUCCCACAAACAGCGAGAGUGGUGCUGGAAAAGCGGUUUAUUCAGUCGAUGGAAGCUGUUUGAUGAAAGAGCACUCUAUAUUUAUCGUUUGCUGUCUCAACUUAACUUGCGUUUUCUUUCUAUCUUUGUUAGAUGUUAACCUACUGUCGCUCCUGUGGUCAUCGUUGUGAAAAUAUGCCGCUACGGCCGAAUCUGCCAGCAAAAGGGUAUAAGCAUUUUUUCUCAUGCAUAUGAAGUGCGUAUAUAAUAACAAGUGAGGAUUGACGAUUCAGUGAAAUCUGAGACCGAGCUGAUUUAUAAAAGCCUUCCAUAUCCCCGGGAAAGGAGCUAAUGCCAUUCAACUAGAUUGGCAGGAUACGGCAUCUACUGCAUGGCCGUGACAUUUACCAAGUAUAAUACCAGAUUCAGAAAAAGAGGAAUAGGAGUAUAAAGAAGAGGACACCACAUAGUUUGCACACAAACUCUGGAUGUAAGGUUCGUACUGGUUUUUAUAUCUCUGAUAUUCAUGUAAGACUUUGUUGACGGCUAAGAUGGAAUGGAGGAAAAUUUGAUUUCAGCUUCAUGACAUACCUGACAAAUUUGACAUCCUUUCAAAGGAUGAUCAUCUCGAACAUGUCGACCACUGACCCACAUAUUCCUCUUGACUGUAGGGAGCAAAGUACUCGCGACAUCGCAGACAUCGUAAUUGCCAUCUUAGACAUUCUUCUGUGUCUUCUUGCUGUUAUGUGUAACGGCACUGUGGUAUUUAUAUUGUACAGGAAACCCAAGCUAAGGAGUAAAUCAAACAGCCACCUCAUGAAUCUAGUCAUCGGAGAUUUCAUGUAUUGCCUUACCCUUCCGCUGACCGUGGCGAGCUGUCUACAGGGUGGUUGGACGUACGGAUUCGUUAUCUGUCAGAUUCAUGGCUUCUUCAUGCUCUGGGCCAUAAUAGGCAUUGAAUUCAUAUUUCCUAUUUUGGCAAUUUAUCGGCUAAUCAUCAUGUCAAGGUCGCAGAAUCAAUUUGCAGAGUUUUACAAGUCUCAGACCGUUGCAUUGUAUUUGGUAACCUGGAUCCUUGCUGGGCUCUGCGCUCUUCCGCCACUGGUUGGUUGGGGGAGUCUGACACCAUGCGAUGGGUUAAACAAAUGCUUUAUAAGGUUUAGUGACACGGAAUCUUACGUCAUAUUCCUAAUUAUUAUUACAACCGUCAUUCCACUGAUCACCAUGGUAUUUUGCUACACCAAAGUUAUCAUAACUGUUCGCCAAAGUUCCAAGCGAGUUCAGCAUACCACAAACAACAUAUUGUCAGCCUCUGUUGCUUCCUUAGCCGUGUGUGAUGACCAAAGUACCCUUCGUGUCCCUUCACCUGCGCCUCCUGUCUUGUACACAGACAGAGAUUUCUUGCCUUUGCCCCCUCGGCAGAACUUACCCAAAUCAAACGUCAAUCAACGAAGAUCAAGUCUUGCUUCUGCAACGGGAGGCCGAUCACGGGACAGUGCUCGACGCUUCUCUCUUGCUUCUAUCGCCUCAUCCACCAUGUCCAGCGUCCGACCCAGCGAACAGCGCCUAGGACGAUCCCUUGCACUGAUAAUAGCGUCUUAUCUCUUCUCCUGGGUACCCGUCAUCGUCUUCACAUUACAGGCAACCUUUAAACCAAACACACCACCCGACUUCUGUAUAAAAAUGAUCCAAAUGUUCCUAUAUCUACAUGUGGCAAUGAACCCUCUGGUGUAUGGUCUUCUAACUGAUCCAUUGCGGAGUGUCCUCUCUGGAUAUUUUAGACGAGGACGCCUCGGGAGCUCUCAGGGGUCACAACGUUGGGUACCGCCAUCAGUAGCCCCAAGUACUCACCAACCGAAGAAUUAUGAUAAAACAGUUACAAAUUCCGUGGCAUGGAAAGAAAACGAUGAAGACAUUUCGGCGCCGACCUACUCUGGACAUCCAGGAACGAAUCAAGGAAACACUGGAAAGACAGUCGUCAUCAGCCCUGUAUCAGUCUUGUCGACAUCUUCAAAUGUUGAGAGUAAUUUUGUUAAUAACAUACCAGAUGAGAUGACGCCACAAACAGUUACAACAUUGUCUGAAAACUGUGAACCACUAAGUGUUAGUGACUGUUGAUAAUGAUGUUUUUAGCGUUUAAUUGGAAACCAGUAACAUCAUUUUUACUUUAUUAUCAUAAGUACUUUCUUUGCAUCAUGGGAAAGGAGGACCCUCAUGAUACUCAACUUAAAACAUGCAACACUUGACAUGUUCUCAUGAAUCCACUGACAUAAUUAUAAUCGGAAUUCAGACUGAUUAGUUAAUUGGGGAAAAAAAAACUUUAUUUAUAAGUGUCUAUUCUGAAAGAAAGGCUCUCUAGAUACAACGGUCGGUAUUGAUUCUACUGACCAAAGUCCGAGACAAAUUUCAUUUACACGCAACUUAGAAAACCUGUAAAAUUAAUUUGGGGGUAAUUUCAAACAAAAGCGUAUGAUCGGAUUCGGAACGCCUAUAUAAAGUGGACAUGAAUUACCACUGACAAUGAAAUUAAUUAAUUAAUUAAGAAUCUAACAUACUACCCCUGUAUGAGGAGUACUACUACUUUGGUUACACGUACUUUGCCAAUGGUUUACGCCAUUUAUUACAGUCGCUACUAUCCAAUGCCCCAGGUUUGCGACAUCUUAUAAUAAGAUUUUAGAAAUUGCGAGUGUACCCAUCUAAAUAAUUGAAAAACAAGUAACAUUUUUUUGUACCAAAAUAAUAUGGAUACGGUUUACUUCCCUUUUUAGUUAUUUUCAGCUCCUCAUGCAAAUGAUGCAAUCAUGUCUCAAUUGCCCAUAGAGAUGAGAUUAGUCAAACAGAAAUCAUUGAUGGAGAUGUGAUGAGAUUGAAUAUUUCAGAUUUAGCAUACAUAGAGAACCUGCAGAAAGAGACCGAAGAAGUCUUAACUGAGGACAAAACCAAUUCCAAAAAUUGUCUGACCCGUAAAACUCCUUACCUAGAUAAAUCGCUUCCAGUUAUGUUCGAGGAGUUCCUCACAAGUUUUCCAAUAAAUUUACCCGCCAGAUUUGAAAGGAACGUGAUACAUUCGGCGAAUAGUGACCGAACACCGAACUGGAUCUUUUAAGAAUUGAAGUUUAGAUGUAGUGUUUAAAUGGUGCGCAUUUUGCGCUCUGCAAAGUGAACAUUAAAAUUUGUCGUUUAGGGUUUUACUAUAGUUCUAUUCGAUGGAGUAGAUCAAACCAUUUCUGGUGAUUCCUAUGCCUUCGGUCACGAUUUCUUUUUUGUCAUUCUAGAGGAUCUAUAUCGAAUAAGCAUCUCAGCAAGCGAUUAUCUUUCUGUUUAUGAUCUGUCACUCCUGCUCUUGAUACAUCCACUAUAUAGACAUAUGUUUGAGAAACUAAGAAUAAUCAAAACUGAAAAUGGACAACUUACAUUGGUGUGAAUUGAUUAAUGGUUAUUUAAUCAUAAAAAGAACACUUCUUUAUAAUAUUACAACACCAAUUGCAUAGGAAGUAAUAUGUUCAUGAAUAAUAUGUUUGCGUAAAUUUCGGAUAAGCCCUAUAUGCAUUACAGGGAUUUAAAACAAGUCCACAUGGACUGUAGUUAGGGACCAAUCGAAUUCCGGAUUUAGUUUGAAUCCUUAAGAUUCAUUUUUAAAUCUCGAAAGAUUUAAAUUUAAAUCAUUUGAGAUUUAAAUUUAAGUCGUUAGGAUUAAAACUAAAUUCAGAAAUCGAUUGGUCCCUAGCUACAGUCCAUCUGGACUUAUUUUAAAUCCCUGUAAUUUAGAGUGUGAGUUAACACAAUUGUAAACAAUAUCUUCAAGAUUGUAUCUAUACAAUAAGUUGUGUUUCAUUUUUCGCAAAUGCUAUUAUUGAAUAUGCCUACAUUAAGAAAUAAUAUGAUCAAGUCUUAUGUGUUCAUUUGUAAUAUGAUAAGAAUAAUUAUGAUAGUUUAUAACAAGCCAAGAUUGUCAAUAUAGGAAUUUUUACAUAAUAUUGAGAAAAAUCCCCCAAAAUAAUAACGAAAAAAUAUAUGAAAGACAUCACUCAUAUACGCAAUAAUCACGUGAUUGAUACUGAUUCGAUAUGAAACAACCACAUUACUUUAGCAUUAUGAUAAUUAUGUGUCAUUCCCUCCAUGUCUUGUAAUAUAUAGGCAUUUGACUUUAUAUUUGGUCCUCUUCUCAUAAACAACGAAGAGGAAAAUACAUGACGGUUAUGUGUGAUUAACUGUAUUUCAUUGAGUGUUUGUGAUCGCACACCGUGAAUUAUAACUCUGUUUUCAUGUUCUGUAUGCAUGUUGCACCUAUCCAUAAAAUAUAUUGAAUAAAAGUACUUUUCCGCUCUAUACUGAUUCAUAUAACGAAUUGUAUUUUACUCUAGUGGUUUUCUGGUUGUAUUUUUAAACACAGUCAGUUCUCAAGUAUAUAAGAGCGAUAUUUAUUCUCUGAUCACUUUAUCAAAAAAAUCCUAGAUCUAUAUGUUGCUAUUAAAUGAAAUUGAAUCAGU